AUGGACGCACAGAGCCAGCCUGAAUCGACGACGGUCGCAGCGGAAAAAGAGGCCCGCCAAAAACUGGCCUUUUACGUGUGGGAGUACCUCCUUCACGUUGGGGCGAAGGAGACGGCGAGCUCUUUCGUGUCGGAGAUUAAUUGGGAGGAUAUCAGCCUGGGCAACUCACCGGGCUUUCUCAAUUCGUGGUGGAACAAGAUCAGGAAACUCAACUGCGCGGCUCCCAGCCGCUGCGAGCCCGUCGAGAACUGCGACAAUUACGUUACCGACGGUGCAAGGUCCGAGGGAAUGCCGGGACUCCCCGCUGGAUCCAGUGCGAACGACGGUCAGCUGACACACGCGCAGACGCGGUUCGUGCCGUCCCAAUUCACGGGCCCCCAAAUGCCGGUGAUUCAACAGGUUUCCGCUGCGACGAGUGCUCAGAUCACGGGUGAUCAGUUCGACGGUCAGCCACGGGUCGACAUGCCAAUACCGUGGAACGGAGCGUGGGACUCAACGACCUGCGAAUUGGGCCCGAUGCGCCAGCGCCAAAGGCCCCGGCGUGGUCCCGCUUAUAGGCCCUCGACACGGCCCUUCGCUAGGCCGAGGAACGACUAG